AUGGGCAACACGCCCUCCGGUUCGGCCAAUGAGGGCGGCCGAAGCCGGCCGCCCGUCCCCGCCACGCCGGCCACGCCGGCGGCGCCGGCGGCCUGGGACGGCCCGCCCGUCUACGCCGAGGCCGUGCCCGUGGAGGCCACGCCCGCCGCGCCGCCGCUGAGCCCCGAGGCGCUGAGCCCGUCGGCGACGGCCGCGCCGCCCCUCGCGCACAUCGUCGCCGGGCUGCGGCUCGAGCUGGGGCUGAGCGGGAGCCACGUGCAGGUCGUGGACCAGGCCGUGGCCGAGCUGGGCCUGCCGCGGAGCUGCGGCAGCGGGCUCGUCGAGCGCGCGCGCGCGUGCUGGAACCUCCUCCACGGCGAGGAGGCCGACGCGCCGCCGCCGCCGCCGCCGCGGUCGACGCCCGGCUCCGACCGCGCCGCGCGGGGCGCGCGGUCGCCGCCCGCGCCGCGCGAGCGCCUGCCGACGCAGUACGACCUGAGCGUCGGGGACCUCGUCGUGGCGGCGACGGCCUGGAAGCGCGUCGCCGUCGGCGACCGGGGCGUGGUCGUGGGGCCCUGCGAGGACGCGGCCGAGAAGGCGCCGCACAAGCGGUGCCGCGUGCGCUUCGACGACGGCAAGGGCACGUACGUCUACACCAAGGGCCAGCAGGCCCGGCGCGCGCCGCUCGCGGGCCAGCACGUGCUGGGCGACGGGGUCAUCGCGCGCGCCGCCGUCCGGAACAAGUGCGCCGCGGGCGACCGCGGCGUCGUCGUGGGCCGCGGCCGGCGGGGCGGCCUGACGGUGAAGUGGGCGCCGAGCGGCGCGACGUGCGACGUGGCCGUGGCGGACGUGGCGCCGGCGCCGGUCGUGGCCGCGCCGGGCGCGCCGCGCAUCCUGAAGGGCGACGUCGUCGUCGCGUCCGUCGACUACGAGACGGUGAAGGUCGGCGACCGCGGCGUGGUCGUGGGCCCGUGCAGCGACCCGGCCAUGUCGCGGGCGGACCUGCGGGUGCUCGUGGACUUCGACGGCAAGGCGGCCUACAACUACCGGUGCGACACGCAGAUCCAGCUCGCGCCCCUGCUCGACGGCGCGACCUUCGUCCGCGACGACACGGUCGUCGCGCGGGGGCGCGCCCGGGGCGUCGUCGUGGGCCUGGGGGCCGACGGGCGGACGCUGCGCGUCGCGACGGACGACGGCGUGGAGGACGUCGCGCCGGCGGACCUGGCGCACGCGCCGCUCGUGGCCGACGCGCCCCAGUUCCGCAAGGGCGCGCGCGUCGUCGCGCGCGUCGGCUACAACGCGGUCCGGGCGGGCGACCGCGGCGUCGUCGUGGGCCCCUGCAACGUGCUGACCAUGCCCAACGCGUCGAAGCGCGUGCUCGUGGACUUUGGGACGGGCAAGGGCCUCUACAACUACGCCGCGGGCACGCAGCUCGACGUCGCGGCGGACGACGCGCCCGGCGUGUUCCCGUCGCUGAACGGCGCCUAGUUGUUCCCCCCCCCCUAAACGUCUGCCU